AAUUUCGAGGUGAAUGUUUCAUCAAAUAGAUACGUGGUCUCAGCACCUGGAGAAGAUAUCACUCUUACAUGUGAGCUUCAGAUGAAGUGGCCGGUGCAGCAAGUUAUGUGGGAAAAGCUCCGGUCCCAUCAGAUCGACCGCUUGAGUACCUGCAACUUGUCCCAAGGAAGGAGUUACACCUCACGGUACCCGAGACAAAUGCUGAGCAACUGCAGCCAGGGGCUGAACAGGACCGUCCUCACGAUGCCUCACGUCACGGCCUCUGACUCAGGGCUGUAUCGCUGCAGCUUCGAGGGCAGCCCAGGAGAAAACGAAACCGUCGUGACAAGACUGACCGUAACUGAUGGUGAAACCGAUAACCAAUAUAUCCACUCCAUUGCCGGAGGGGCAGCUUUAUUGUUGCUGUUUGUUAUUCUAAUUGCCACUCUCAGUGUCAUUCUUUAUCACAGGUGA